ACGUGGAACGGCGUUUGGCAUUUCUACGUGCGUGUAUUCUGCGGGCCCAGUCUCGGCGUGAAGUGUUUAAAGCCUUGCUUGCUUGUUGUUGUUGCUUCGUUUUGUUUUUACCGUUCCGGGCGGCUGGGGUGCUAAACGAGGCAUGAACAAAAACACCCGACGUGAACAAAUUAAGCUGUUUGCAGCGGCAUGAAAGCGCCCCCUCGCGGUUUUAAACGAACACUCCAUGUGAAUGUUUCGCGACCGGUGAAGAAAGCUGUCUUCAUAAACGAUAUGUGGCCUUCUAGGAAAAUCCGGCCCCAAGCGACGAUCGGUUUAGAGAAAAUUUCUAUCAGUGAUAUACCGGAAACGAUACGACAGCAGUGAGAGAUUUCAGUAUUUUUGUUUUAUAUUUAGAGUGUAUAAAAUGAUGCCACUGGCGCCUACUUCAGUCAUGGCGAUUCCUACGCAGAAACCCCGAAUCGGGUUUAGUAUUGAGUCUAUUGUGGGUGGAAAUCGAAUCAGCAAAUCGCCUCCGCCGCCGCAUUUCUCCCCAAAUAGUGAGAGUUCUGAGAGGCCCAGUAGUCCGUUCAGUGAUAAUAGUUACCCUAGUGAUUUCCAUCCGGGACAUCUUCGGUUCCCGCAAAGCGCCACGGACCUACAAAAUGCUCUCCGGUUACCCAGAGGAAGUUGUUCUCCCAGUGACUAUAGUUCGCGAAUACAACAGUUAAACCACAGUUCCUCACCUCCGGUCGACCUAAACCUCAUUAAUCGGCAUCCAAAUUCUCCGGUAGAAUGCCAGGAUCUAUCCCAAACGCGAAGCCCACCCCCUCCACAAACGCGGCUAAGUCCCGAAGAUCGUACAUCCCCGACCUCAUCCCCACAGCCGCUAACCACAGCCACCAAACCAAUUGUAGUUCCGGGCAUUCCUGCUGGAUUGGUGCGUCCGUUUCCUGUACCUCCCCCCAACCACAUGAACGACCUCAAAACUCCCCUACCGCAUCCACCGUUCCUUAACGCGCAGGAGAUGACCAACCUGCACAACCAGCAUCUCCUGGCGGCUCAGUUCCAGGCGGCCGCAGCGCUGGCUCACGCCCAAGGAUUCCCACCGGCGCAUCCACAUAUGCAUCAUCCGAUGCACCAUCCCGGGUCGAACAUUCCUCGUGACAGCUACCCGCUGUAUCCGUGGCUGUUGAGCCGUCACGGCCGUAAUGUGUUCCCGCCACGGUUUCCUGGAACAAUCGAACGUUUGUUCUUACCCUGCAUUGAAAUUUCACUCUUUAUGUUGCUGCUGUUGGCGACAGCCAUUUAUUUUCUGCUGGGAGCGGCGCUGCUACCGGCAUCAUCGUUGCGACAGAUGAGUGCUGCUGUCGGCGACGACCACUCGCCACCACGACGCAGACCAAAGAGCUAUCGCUGCCAUAGUUGA